AUGUCCGCUCAUUCGAACGUGGAAUCAAUCGAACUGGCGACGCCUUCGGCCGCAUCGUUUCACACAGACGAACGAAUAAUCGACCCGAACGACUCGACCGAAAGCCAUGGAGAGCAGCAUCACCACCAGCUCGAGCCCACCGACCGAGGCUUUGCCGCGUGGAAGCUCCUCUUGACUGCGUUUGUUUUUGAGGCUCUCUUAUGGGGCUUCCCGCUUUCUUUCGGUGUCUUUCAGAAUUACUACUCCAAACAGCCCGCCUUUGAGAGCAACCGCUACAUCCCGGUCGUUGGUAGUGUCGCUUCUGGGCUCGUUUGCAUAGGAGGAGUCGUCCUCGCCUCGUUCUGCACCACCGUCGAGACUCUCAUCCUUACUCAAGGAGUCGCCUACGGAGUUGGGUUCCUCAUUUUCUACUACCCGAUCCUCACCAUGGUUAACGAGUACUGGAUCACCCGCCGCGGCAUGGCUUACGGACUGCUAUGCAGCUCAUCGGGUGUCUCUGGGGCCGUCUUCCCAUUCGCCAUCGAGGCACUCCUAGACAAGUACGGCUACCAGACGACGCUGCGUGCUAUUGCUGUUGCUCUAUUUGUCUUGACUGGGCCGUUGAUCCCAUUUCUGAAAGGUCGCUUGCCGACUUCCGUUCAUAGCACCUCAACCCGUAUGGACUGGAGCUUUCUUCGCGAUGCCCUCUUCUGGGUCUUUUCUAUUUCCAACAUUGCACAAGGUCUGGGCUACUUCUUUCCGUCACUGUGGCUUCCAUCAUAUGCCGCAUCCAUCGGCCUGAGCGGAAGAGACGGUGCUCUUCUGCUUGCUUUGAUGAGCGUCUCGCAAGUUGCCGGCCAGCUCACCUUCGGCUGGUUAUCUGACAGAAAGGUGCCCCUCGAGGCACUUACCAUCGUUUCCACGGUCAUUUCAGCAACCUCAGCAUUCGCCCUCUGGGGUCUUGCUCACACCUUGCCGCUUCUCAUUGUCUUCGCCUUGGUCUACGGCUUCUUCGCAGCUGGCUUCACAGCCAUGUGGGCAAGGAUGACGACUGCAGUGAGCACCGACUCGACUGCUGUUCCCAUGAUCUUCAGUCUUUUCAAUUUUGGGAAAGGGGUAGGCAAUGUUUUGGCUGGGCCAAUAAGCGGAAACCUCCUACAUCACAUCACGUCGGCGGAGAGUUACGGCCUCGUCAAGUACAAAGGGGUAGUUGUUUUUACGGGAUCUUGUAUGGUGUUUAGCACCGUCGCCAUUGGCUUGAGAUACGCAAAACCCUGCUGGCCUCGAGAAGGGUAA